CAUCAGCUAUGACAGAUAUCGCAAGAUUUUGUGUGUUGAUUGGCUCAAAUGUUUCGAAAUAAAAGUAACAUCGAUAGAGUGCAUCUUACGAUAUAUAUAUGUUCUAAGGAUCUAGCAAGAUCUAGCACGAAAAAUCGCGCCGCGAGUCGAUAUGUACAUGUUGUUUUGUGCAGUUUAAUAUUUUGCGGUAGUUGUGAUUAGUUGAUUAUUGACUGAUCGAAGCGUUGUGGUAAUCUGUAGACAGAUAAAGCGUUUUCGAUUAUGGCUACGUCACCAAAUUUUGAUUUAAAAGAGAGAUUGGAUGUUUGUUUCAAGGAUACAGCAGCUCUGAAUUUACUAUGCAGAAGUGUAUCUUCUGAGAUAGAAUCAGGUUCUAUGAAACUUUGCACAUUAGUGGAAACACUAGGCCUUUAUAUGACAGACCAAAAUGUUCUUACAAGAGAAACAGGGGUUACAGCUCUUUCUUCUGUUUUGUCACAAUUAUCCCAAGAUUAUCUUACAGAAUCAGAAUUGUAUUUUAUUACAAUCUUUUAUUGUGACAGGAUAAAGGAUCAUUAUAGUAUUGUACCAUCUGUAUUAAAUGGUAUUUUAGCACUUGUAAACAUGACUCAUUUACCUCAAAAUGCACCACUAUCACUGUUAAGAGUUAUGUUUGAGCAUGUUCAGUGUCAAUCUCAACUAUUAUCAGAACGUCGCAAAAUAUAUUUAAUAUUCAAAAUCUUGAUAGAAAACAAAUUAGACGACUUAAAAUCUAUGGGAUCAGAUUUAGUUUAUGGUAUUAUUAGUUCUAUCGAUGGUGAAAGAGAUCCAAACAAUCUUAUGUUAUUGUUUAAUAUAUUACCACAUUUCAUAAAAAAAUUUCCAUUGGGCCAUUUAGUUGAAGAAAUGUUUGAAGUUAUGGCAUGUUAUUUUCCAGUUGAUUUUAAUCCUUCUGGUACAGAGGAUCUAAAUGUGACACGGGAAGAUUUGGCAAAAAGUUUGGCUCCUUGCUUAUGCAUUAUUCCAGAGUUUGCAGAUUAUUGCAUUCCUCUUAUAAUUGACAAAUUAUAUUCCACUCAUAGGAUUGCUAAACUCGAUUCUUUAAAUUUAUUACGCGAAGGCGUUCAAACAUUUGGGCUGUUGAAAGUUAAAUCGUAUCUACCAGAACUAUGGACAAUUUUAAAGAAAGAAAUUAUUCCAGGAAAGGAUGUCGAAAUAAAAGAUGCUGCUUUAGAAACAAUAACAUCUUUAAUUAAAGUUAUAUCAAUUGAUGAAGCUGUUUGCAAAAAUUUUAUCGACACAAUAAUUAUUGACAUAAAAUUGUCUCUAUCUGAUGUACAACUUAGUUUGUAUAGACCUGCUCAGAGAUUAUUAGAGACAAUAGCAAUAAUUAAUAAAACAAUAUGUGUGCAAAUCUUGCAAGUCGUAAUACCUUUAUGUAUCGGUCAAUAUUCUACAAGGAAUUCAUCAAAUGAUAAAAUUUCAUUGAUAGAAACUUUAAAUAAUUUUGUGAAAAUUUGUUCCUAUUAUGGCUUUUGCAUUCAAGAUGUUGCAGAAUUAGCAUGGACAAAUAUACUUCAAAUAUAUUUAGAUGGUUUGAGAGUAGAGAAUAUUGAGCUGAAAAGCAAAAUAUUUGUCGGUUUAACAAUCCAAAAAGCUUAUUUAAAUGACGUACAACGUACUAUAUUCUAUAAUGCAAUAUGCAACGAAAUUGAAACAGGUUGUGACGAAAUGCAGAUUAUAUGUCAUACAGCUAUUAUAGAUUUUGCUACAUUGUAUCUUCAAGAAAUAUUAUUGCUAGUUAAAGACAGAUUAUUAUCAAAUAUAGAUGAAACGGGAGUAGAAUUAUUGAAACGUAGGAUAAAAGCUUUGUCAGCAGUUGCAAAAAUAUAUGAAUUAGGUUAUGCAAUUCUUCCAAAAAUUGUUUUAAUGUCGACAAACAAUAUUAAUACUGACAUUAGCAUUACAGCAUUACUGAAUAUCCAGAAGUUAAUUGCCUCAAAGAAAUCUGAUUUCAAUAUACAUCGAUUUCUAUAUAAGGAAUGUCAUAUUAUUGAGAAAUUAAUUUCGUACAGAACAAAUGUCAUCAAUCAAAAAAUGUUGAUAUCUAAUAUUUGUCAAUUAAUUGUACGAAAUCUUACAAUCGAAGAACAAUGCACAAUUCUAACAAAGUACGCCGUGACUUUAAAUACAAAAACUUCGAAAACUGACGUUACGAUAAUAAUGAAUCUUUUCAUUCCUUUGCGGAAAGAGAUUAACUUUAAUAUUACCAAUGAUAUGAUAGAAAAUUUGUGUAAUCUAGCAAUCGGCAAUUACAACCCGGAUAUAAAGCAAAUAAGCUGUAAAUUUUUAUCCGUUUUAUUAAAUAAAAUGGAGAUGGAAGAUCUUAAUAGAGUUGUACCUUAUCUUGAAGACAAGAUAAAUAAUAAUUUAAAAACGGAUAAUGAUAUCGAACUAAAGCAGCAUACAGUUAAUUUUCAAAUUUGGAUAACUAAAGCGUUUGUCACGAGAGGAUAUUGCAAGUCUCAAUAUUUUUGGAGAAAGUACCUUACACAUUUACUAACUCAUGAUGAAAUGGGUCAAUUUGUAAGUGAACAAUAUCAGAUUUUAGUAAGUAAAUAUGAAGAUACUUUAAUAGUGGAGAAUUUCUGCAAUGUAAAAAUUUUUUAUAAACAAAGAGUAUUUGAAUAUUUGUUACGACAAACUAUUAAUUUUACAAGUUUAAAUAGACAGAAUUAUCUUAUCGCUUUGGUACAUUUAUUGGAACAAAUGCCUGAAGAAUUAUUGUUCUUGCAUUUGACCGAGUUGGUGCCAUUGCUGAUCGAAUCUCUAGCUCUUAGUAAUGACUAUUUAAUUCUGUGGACUUUGAUGUCGCUUAAACUUUUGCUCGAUACAAAACACGACAUAUUUUUUGAUAAUGUACAGUGUGUUAUACCGAGAAUUGUGCAACUAUCAGCACAUCAAAUUAUGGGUAUUAGAAUAGCAGCUCUUGAAUGCCUGACGCAUUAUGCUAAUUAUCCCACUGUUUUGAUCAAUCCAUACAAGCAAGUUGUAUUAGACAAAUUGGGGAUAGUGAUCGAUGAUCGCAAACGUUUAGUCAGGAAAGUUGCUGUAGAAGCGAGAAUACGAUGGUUUAUAGCAGGUGCAUCUGAGACUAAAGAGUAAAUGAUAUUGCAGUUUAGUUUUACGUAUAAAUGUAACAUGAUUAAUUAUAUAUAUAUUUUUUUGCAUUAUUUUAUAUAUUCUAAAAAAUGUAAAUUUCUUAUUGUUAAAUAUACAAUCGUGUUAUAUAUCUAAAAA